CCGAGCACCAUGCAAAUACCCUCAAAGACCUCGUGCAAUCUCUGUCUUCCGGUGCCCCACUGCCAGCCUCUCCCGUGUGUGCAGGUGCCUGCUUCCAGGACUUGACGCACCACUGUUCCCUGCCUCAAAAGACGGGGACUGCAUUAACGUGAGAUUCCGGAUAGCGAUUUCUUUUACCAUCCUGGCUCCCGGCAUCCUCAGCUGAUCCUGGUAACCUUGGGUUCGCGGCGUAGAGGGAGGUUGGCCUUCAGCUUGGCGGGUUGGCAGCUCCUCCAGGUGUUUCUAGGUGGAAUCCGCGAGCCUGAAGCUUCUGCUGGCGCCGUCCCCAGUCCCCAGGCGCGAUGUGGCCUGCGCCGGGCAGCACCUCCCGAAGCGGGCGCCUCUUUGGAGUUUUGACCUUGUUGCUCUGCCCAUCCAGCCUGCACGGUUGCAUUUCACCUCCCAGGAUUCCACACGGAAGCUAUAAAGUUAUCGACAGGACUCUGGGGAUCCCUACCACCGUGCAGUAUGAAUGCCAGGAAGGCUACGCGCUGGUGGGCGCAGCCACUCUCUCCUGCAAGUUUAUUCAAUGGUCCUCUCCAGCUCCUCGGUGUGAAGCCCUGUGUCUAAAACCAAGGAUCCCAAAUGGAAAGCUGUCUGUGGAGAGGGACCAGUACAUCACUCCUGACACCCUGACCAUCCAGUGUGACCCUGGCUACAAGAUGGUUGGCUCCCAGGUUAUCUCCUGUUCACAGUACAGAUCGUGGAUCCCAGCUGUGCCCAAGUGCGAGAGGGUGAAUAGUGCUCCUUCAGAAGUCCUAGAACGUGAGGAAGUCCUAGAGGGCCAACACCUCCUGAAGUGUCUCCCGGAUCCCGGCGACUCAAAAAUGGCCCUGGAAUUACACAAACUAUCUCUGAGGAUUGAAAAAUUGGAGCAAGAGAGAGCCAAGGGCAUUAGAUACAUUUAACUACACAAUAGCGCUUUCCCAAAGAAGAUGGAGAAAAGAUGUGCUUUCUGGAUAGUUACGGAGGAAAAGUUUUAGUUUAUCAGCUCCAUUAAGCAUCAUCAUACCUUACAGUUAAUACCUCUGGUGAAACUUGCUGGUAUAGAGAGUGAUCCUAGAAUGAGGAAGUAUUGAUAAUGUGUAUCACUAUCACUCUGCAAAGUUUUUAGUUUUCUGGAGUUGUCAGGCUAUCUGGAAUAAAUAAUUACCUAUUAAAAAUCA